AUGAGACAGUUGCUUGUUGGGAGUAUUUGGAGCGAGAGCCGGACUCAUGGAGACGAUAUCUCCCGGAUGCGGAACAGUGCACACUGGGACAAAUUGCCGGAGCUGACGAUCAGUGGGUCGGGUUUCAGGUAUCUCAUCAACUUUUCUGCCAUGACGCAAACAACUGUGGAGACAACAAAGACACGUACUGUACGCAGACGAGAAAUUCCGCUGCACGCUGAUGCCGUACUCAAGAUGACUACGGAAACCCAGCACUUGCGUGGAGAGAACCAACACUUGAAUUCGGUCCUUCGCAAGAAGACUGAAGAGAUCCAAGAACUGGAGAAAGACGUUCACAGCAAGGCAAGACAUAUCGAUGACUUGCACUGGUCCGUCCAGUACUUACAUGAUUCUGCCAGAAAGACGGAUCAGCAGUAUGCGAAGCUGCAGUCUGAAUACGCCACAUUGAAGGAUCGUGUUCAUGAGUCCGAUAAGCUUCAGUCAGAACUGGAGCAGGACAGGCAAAGAUAUUGCAGACAAUUCUUUCCCAGCUUCCCCCGAAACCAUUGGAUGAGUCGGAGAGACAUGUUUGCAGAAGCUUGA